AGAUUGGCAGCGGCGAGUGUGGAAAGUCCCACCGAUACGCACUCGACCACGCCUGUGCUGCACGCCACACACUCACCACACUCGCCGCUGCCGAUCUCACCGAAUGCCAAUGCCGCGGCGCUGAACUCUAAUUCCAACACGGCGGCGGCAACGGCACACACCAAAAGUACGCCUACCAGCAAAAGUGGGCGCUCACGCGGACGACGUCAUCAGCAGCCGAGUCCAACGCGCAGCACCACUUCGGACACACCAAACAGUGAUGCGGCUAAGCCGCCUGAACGCGUCUUUAUCUGGGAUCUGGAUGAGACGAUCAUCAUUUUCCAUACGCUACUCUCCGGUUCCUUCGCCAAUCGCUACACCAAAGACCAAAGCACGCUGCUGACGAUCGCAUUCCGCAUGGAAGAGAUGGUCUUCAACAUGGCCGAUACGCAUUUUUUCUUCAACGAAAUUGAGGAAUGCGAUCAGGUGCACAUCGAUGAUGUGUCCUCCGAUGAUAAUGGUCAGGAUUUGAGCAAUUACAACUUUGCGACGGACGGUUUCCAUUCGGGUGCGCCACCCGGCGCGCCGCCAAAUCUUUGCCUGCCAACUGGCGUACGUGGCGGUGUCGACUGGAUGCGCAAGCUGGCGUUCAGAUAUCGCAAAAUCAAAGAGAUCUACAAUACCUACAGAGGGAACGUUGGUGGCUUGCUGGGUCCUGAAAAGCGUGACGCCUGGCUGCAAAUACGCUCGGACAUUGAAAUGGCUACCGACAACUGGGCUUCACUGGCUACGAAGUGUCUGAAUAUGAUCGCGCAGCGCGAGAAUUGUGUGAAUGUGCUCGUGACGCAGACGCAGUUGGCGCCCGCAUUGGCUAAAGUGCUGCUCUUCGGGCUCGGCGGUAUAUUCUCCAUCGAGAAUAUCUACAGCGCGCACAAGAUUGGCCAUGACACCUGCUUUGAACGCAUUAUGACACGAUUUGGUCGCAAAGGCACCUACGUAGUCAUAGGCGAUGGCACCGAGGAGGAGAAUGCAGCGAAGACGUACAACUUCCCCUUCUGGCGCAUUUCGUCGCAUAGUGAUAUACGCGCACUUUACACAGCGCUCGAUAUGGGUUUCUUAUGAAAGGCGCGCUGCUGCAGCUGGAUAUAUUGCGCGACAUUUACACUGUAAAAAAAAUAAUAAGAAGUAAGUUAAAUAAUGACAAUUAUAAUAUUAAAUAAUUAUUGAGUUAAUUAACGAAAAAAAAAACGCAUACAUACAUAAAUACAGUUAUAAGAAAAAAUCUCUUGCAUGUAAAUUAAAUAUCGUUGUAGCUAAGCAAAUGUACGCACCUAAAAAUUAAAAGACUUCUUAAU